UACUGCACGCAUGCCUGUCUGCUCGGCCUCUGUCGCAAAGGCCCUUUCGAUCCCGCCUGCCCUAACACACCCGUACACAGCAGACAGGGCUACUUGUCACGCCACCCUAUCUCGGCAUCCAAGGUAUGCCUGCGUGUUCCGGACCGGCUUGCCCGCGAUCUUGAUCAUGGCUGCGAGUGCCUAGACAAGCACGGCAUGUUUGGUGCGACGGGUGUCUUGUUCAAGAUGACAGGUCCAAUAUAUGGAUAUACCUUUGUCGCCAAGGGAAUCCAGAAAGUCGACGCUAAUUACCUAAAGGGCGAGGCGCUAAUCUAUUCUCACUGCCGGGAGCUCCAUGGUAUCCGGAUUCCCGUCUACCUGGGCACCAUCGACCUCGUCCACCCGUACCCUCUCCGCAGCCUCGCCAUCGUAUCCCAUAUG